AUGCCUGAGGAGGGAUGUCGAGGAGCGGCCCCGAUACGCUACCAUUCUCCGACAUCGCUUCAUUGUGAGGAACGAUUUGGCGGACACGGACGUUUCGGAAUGGUUUGGGAACAUUAUGACCUGAUCUCGCCGAAUCAUUUGCAAUUCAUUCGAAGUGCCUUGGAAGCGAAGAUUUUCGUUCCCAUACUGUUGAAUGUAAAGUACUGGUUCACGGUGAAGUGGCUUUUUUUAGGUCAAGAUCAUUUCCAAACACUACUGUUCAGCAAUUCAAUGCGUUAUCAUCUUACGCUGAUGCUUCGACUGACGUCUUACCACACUUUACGGCUAUAUGUCGAUAUCUGGCGUAUAAAUGUUGAUGCUCGCGCAAACGAUCUCAUGUAA